AAAACUAAGCAGUCAAAGGUUUGAGUCUAGGUACAUCUGAUCUGAUGCAAGAGGCAUUAUAAACACACUCAAGAUCAGACCACAGAGAGAGAAAUAGAUCAUGGCUCAAGUUAGCAGCAAAAAUGUCGAUCCAAGAAGUGGAUUCUGCAAAUCAAACUCCAUUUUCUACAGCAAACGCAAGCCGAUCCCACUUCCACAGAACCAUUCACUUGACGUUACAGCAUACAUCUCUUCCAGGCCACACAAUGGCAAGACCGCUUUCAUCGACGCAACCACAGGCCGCCAAAUCACCUUCUCCGAGCUCUGGCGGGCGGUUGAUUCAGUUGCCACUUGUCUCUCCGACAUGGGAAUUCGAAAAGGUCACGUUAUCCUCCUUCUCUCCCCUAACUCAAUUUUCUUCCCCGUUGUCUGCCUCGCUGUGAUGUCUCUCGGUGCCAUUAUCACAACCACAAAUCCUCUCAACACUCCUAGAGAAAUCGCCAAGCAAAUUGCCGAUUCAAAACCUGUACUUGCUUUCACUAUCAAAGAACUCAUCCCGAAACUCGCUGGUUCGUCCCUCCCAAUCGUACUCCUCGAUGAUCCACAAAACAUCACUCCUGAAGCAAAAAUUUUAACUACUUUACAAGAAAUGAUGAAUAAGGAACCAAAUGGAAGCCGAGUUAGAGACCGAGUCAACCAAGAUGACACAGCUACUCUCCUCUAUUCGUCUGGUACAACCGGUGCUAGUAAGGGUGUGGUAUCGUCCCAUCGUAAUCUCAUAGCGAUGAUACAAACCAUUGUGGAGCGAUUCAAUUUAGAAGAAGCACAAGAAACGUUCAUCUGUACGGUUCCAAUGUUUCACAUCUAUGGCCUAGCAGCGUUUGCUAUGGGCCUACUCGCAUCAGGAUCAACGAUCGUGGUUCUGUCCAAGUUCGAUAUGCACGAGAUGCUAUCGUCGAUUUCAAAAUACCGCGCAACGAACUUGCCUCUCGUGCCACCAAUACUCGUAGCUAUGAUAAACGGCGCGGAUCAGUUAAAGUCAAAGUAUGACUUGAGUUCGUUGCACUCUGUUUUGUCUGGUGGGGCUCCACUGAGUAAAGAAGUGAUAGAAGGGUUCUUACAGAAGUAUCCAACGGUGAAGAUUCUUCAGGGGUAUGGUUUGACCGAGUCGACCGGUAUUGGGGCGUCAACGGAUUCGUUAGAGGAGAGUAGAAGGUAUGGUACGGCGGGGAUGUUGUCGCCGAGCAUGGAGGCGAAGAUUGUGGACCCGGAUAGUGGUGAGGCUUUACCGGUGAACAGAACGGGUGAGCUUUGGCUUAGGGGCCCCUCCAUCAUGAAAGGUUAUUUUAGUAAUGAAGAAGCUACUGCAUCCACCCUUGAUUCCGAAGGAUGGUUGAGAACUGGCGAUCUAUGCUACAUUGAUGAGGAUGGCUUCAUUUUUGUCGUUGAUCGACUGAAGGAGCUGAUUAAAUACAAGGGAUAUCAGGUCCCUCCGGCAGAAUUAGAAGCCUUGUUACUUACUCAUCCAGAAAUAUCUGAUACUGCAGUUAUACCAUUUCCGGACAAGGAGGUUGGGCAAUAUCCCAUGGCAUACAUUGUAAGAAAAGCUGGAAGUGAUUUAUCAGCGACUGCAGUCAUGGAUUUUGUAGCAAGCCAGGUUGCCCCAUACAAGAGAGUCCGAAGAGUAGCAUUUGUGGUUGCAAUUCCCAAGAAUCCAUCUGGCAAGAUUCUCAGGAAGGAUCUCAUAAAGCUUGCAACCUCCAAACUCUGAAUCUGAAUAAUUCAAGUUUUUAGUAGAGAACAUAUCCAUGGAAGUAGUAGUUAAUUCUGCUUUUCACUCGAUUUCAUGUCCUUGUUCAUAGUCCUUAUGCUGUACUCCUUCGCUUGUAUUUGCUGCACUUUGAGAAUCAAGUUAUAAUUUUUAGUUAUCAGUAAAUGUGCAUAAACAGAGCAGUCAAAUGAACAUGCGUGGAAUGCACUCUUUUCUAGUUUAUUUCAUGUCCGGUGCUCUGUUGUCCGACUGAUUUUUCGUGUUAUAUAUGUUACAAAAUAUAAAGUAUGCUCCAA